AUCUUUUCUUCCUUUUUUCCUUGUUCUCUCUUUUUCUUCUCUUCGUUUUCGCCUUUCCUUCUCUUUUCUUUUUUCCUUCCCUUCCUGUUUUGUGUUUUUCCCCUUUUUCUCUCUUUUUUGUGUGCCUUCGCCAAACAGCCAAACGCGCAUGCAGACGACAUGGUUUUCGCGGCGGGUGGCGACAGAGGCUCGCGGCAAGGCUGUUUUUUUCGUAGAGGCGUUGUGGCCACUCUGUGUUCAGGCAGAUUUUUGCAUGUUGUCAAGGCAGGAAUUCCCUUGGAUUUUCGCUCCGUCGCUGCAUGCGGGGCGCCUCGCGAGUGCGUGUCGAUCCUAGACAGCGCGACGGUUAUCGGGGAAUUUCUCUUUUUCUCUCCCGCUCUUCUACGCAUCUAUCCUCUUUCUUCGUCGAAGCCUCGCCUUCUUUGCAUGCCUCUGUUUUCUCCCUCUUCCCCUCUCCUUCGACCGAAAACGCAACGCGGACGCUGCUCUUUGCGAGCCAGUUUCUUCCAGUCUUCGUCCCCGAAAGAAAAGCUGCAAUUCAAAGAUGCAAGUGCACACGCUUCAAGAAACUCUCCCAUGCACAUAUAGAGAUAUCAACAAAUUUUGUAUAUGUGUAUAUGUUUAUAUGUAUACGUAUUUAAGUAUGCGUAUCUGUAUGUGUGUAUGCGUAUGUGUAUGUAUGUUGUGCGUGCACACAGGUGUAGGUGUAGAGGUGUGUUGAUGUUCAUGGGCGACUGUAGCGUCGCUGAGGUCUGGGCUGUGUGUCUGUAUGUUGACUCGCUUUCUCUCUGGGACUCACGCGCGCGGUUUCCUCUAUUAAUGUCACUUUCUUCCUGAGGAGCAUUUGCGGCGUCUCUGUCAACACAGUUGAGACGAAACGCGCAAGUCCUCUCGCUCCUGGGGUCCUUCGUUUUGCCUGUGUUUCUUUCCUUCCUGUCUUUUCUCUUUCUUCUUUCUUCCCCCUCUCUUUCUGUUGGCUACUGCGUUCGCUUUUCGCCUUCCUGCUUUCGUGCGAACUCCGCUGCUGAGUCUCUCCUUAUCUGUGCCCUGAGUCCUCGAAUUCACCUUUGUCUCUCCUCACGUCGCUUCGAGUCUUCCAUCUGAACAAUGCCGGACGACACGAGGACAGCAGGACCCCCAGCCAGCGGCGGUGCUCCCCAGGAGAGCAGACAGGACCCCCCUGUGAGUCCAGGCGAAUCGGAGAGCGAAGGAGAAACGGGCAGCCCUGUGACGUACCUUCGACUCGGCGUUGACCUCGAACUCGAUCCGACAAGCGAUGCGAUCACGUACCAAACCUCCCGCAUUCACAAAAUCGAAAAUCUCCAAAUCUGUCCUCACCUCAAGAGACUCGCACUGAACGCGAACGACAUUGAAAAAAUCGAAAACUUGGAGUCGACGCCGGAGCUGGAAGAACUUGAACUCUACCAAAAUAGAGUUCGCAAGAUCGAGGGCCUCUCCACCCUCUCUCAUCUCAGAGUUCUCGAUUUGUCUUUCAACAAAGUCCGAAAAAUUGAGAAUUUGGAGACGGCGGUCAAACUCGUGAAACUUUAUCUCUCUAGCAACAAGAUUCAAGUGAUCGAAGGCCUGGAGACACUCACGAGGUUGGAACUCCUCGAACUCGGCAGCAACAGAAUUCGAGAAAUCCAAGGAAUCGCGACGCUCACGGAGCUCAAAGAACUGUGGCUCGGAAAAAAUAAAAUCACUGAAAUGAAGUUGCCUCCACUUCUCAACCUGCAGCGUCUGAGCAUCCAGUCCAAUCGCUUGACGCGCUGGAACGAUUCUCUCUUUUCUUCUUGUCCCAGUUUGGAGGAACUUUAUCUCUCUCACAACCGUCUCACAGGUGCUAUCCCGGAGGCCAUUGGAAAACUGAAAAAACUCAAGAUCCUCGAUCUUGGCGCCAACGCCGUGGACGACAUGCGUGCAGUCGCCCAGCUGCCCGAGCUGGAGGAACUCUGGAUCAACGACAACCACAUAUCGAGUUUGGAGGCUGUCAAGGCACUGAAGUCGAUGGAUUCUCUGCGAACGCUGUACCUCGAAGGCAACCCGAUUCACGCAAAUCUAGGUCCCAGCUACCGCCAAAACAUCGUGCAGAUUUUCCCCAAGUUGCAGCAGUUGGACGCUCUCCUCGUAAGCGAGACCGUCAACAUCAUUCAGCGUCCUCUCUCCGGCAAGGUCGGAGCAACAAAGCAGAAGUCCAUUAUGAAGCACAACGCUUAGAUCAGUGUGGACUCGUUCGCUUGGCCCUUCUGAAGAGAGAGAGAAACUACCUUCUGUUCCCCUCUGUUUUCGACCUACUUGCUGAUGAGGUGGCGGAGCGGCUGCCGCGUCUCGCUCCCUAUCGCCGCGGACAGCUUUCUGCCAAGCUGCGCGGGCGCAUCUCGAAACGCGUACACGGAGGUAUCUGCUUCUGUAGAGGAGGAUAUCUGCGCAUGUGUGUGGAUUUCAUCCUCGUAAUUUUAUCCGGAGAGAGAGCCUGUUGUGUCGUGUACAAGCGGAGCGUCUCUCUCGUUAACAGUCACCGCCACCAAUUCGGUUUUCAGAGGUCGACGACUCCACGUCUAGCGCUUUUUAGCGAAAACCUGCCGGACGAGUGCCGGUCCGGUGCCGCAUGCGUUCAGGGAAUUUUUUUCGACAGUGAAGGAUGUGUUGCUUUCCGUCUGAACAAAAUGUGUGAAGACCUCCGGAAAACAACCGAACAAAGGCUACCAGACCCG